UAUUGAUAAUCUUUGAUUUAUAACUUUUUAAAAUAGUUGACUACUUGUUAAUCAAGCCUGAAGAAAAAAUAUUAAAAUCUGAAGCAUUAUUUAGUUAUAGAAUAGAAAUAUCUAGUUUACCAAAAGAAUGGAUGACUAGAUUUAUAUCAAACAGAAAAAUCAUAAAUAAAUAUUUGCAUAUAAUGAAUCCUAGUAUUCACAAGCUUUUAGCUAUAUGGUAUCAAGCAUUUACAUUUUGUAUGAUUGAUAUAAAUCUCUUGAAGAAACAAGAUGAUGUCAUUGAUAUACAAACCUUCGUGUUGAAGAUUUCUGAACAACUUAAGAAUUCAAAUGCAUUAUUAUUGGAAAGAUGGUAUUCAGCUGUUACAGAAGUAAUUUCAAAAGGAAUUAAAAAGAAAUUAGUUCCACAAUUAGAUUCUAAUCAAUAUUCACACUUUUUUAAUUGUUUGGCAAUUUUAAUGUCAACGGAACUAAGAGAAUAUUGUUUACAAUCAGUAGAAACAUUUGUGCAUUUCAUAUGCAAUGAGGUACGAAUAUAG